AUGUCCAAGAAGAAAAUCCCUACUAGAAGCGACCCCGGCGGCAAUGGCAACCCCAGCCGAAGCCCAUCCCAACAAACGUCUCUUCGAAGGUCUCCUGGUUUCCAUCCUCAGAAGAACGAUGAUCCCAAUUACAUGAAGAAUCCUGAGGUGAAACCCCAACUCCGAUCCCCCGCUAUCUCGCCGGAUUCUAAACGGACCCCGAAGAAGCCCUCGAGAUCGCUCAAAACCCGUCAAGUUUCCGCCGCCGACACCGCCGAUGUCUCCCAGAGCCGGAGAAGGUCCCCGAGAUUGGCCUCCAGUUCCGCCGAGGUCACAAAGAAAGAGGCCGAUUGCUCACAAAGCCGAAGGAGGUCUCCGAGGUUCGCCGCUAAUUUGGCUGAGGUUAUGACGAAAGACGACAAUUUGGAUGUCGAGUGGAGGCGGUCUGCGAGUUUUGGUGUUGAUGGGUCUGAGGAUGAGAGGGGUGAUAGAGAGAAGGGGAGGGGAGAGAAGAAGAGGAGACAGAGGGAGGAGAAUGUUGAAGUGGAGAUGGACACUGGAAGAAGUGAGGUGGAGGAGUGUUGUGGUUUUGAGGGGUGGACGAGAGAGCAGGAUGCAGCAUUGCGGAGGGCUUACUUUUCGGCGAAGCCAUCACCGCAUUUCUGGAAGAAGGUCUCCAAAAUGGUGCCAGGGAAGUCUGCACAGGAAUGCUUCAACAGGAUCCAUGCUGACCUUGCAACCCCAACUCAACCUCAACCUCGUUCACGGGCAAAUAGAUUGAAUCUUUCUCCUGUAGGCAUUUUCACUUUGUCAGACAGUAAAUCUACGGAGCUUAUGAAGACAAAAGUAAAAAGGGUUAGAAGUAGUAAACAGAAUAUUCUUGUUGCACAAAAGACAGCAAGGCAUUUAAUGAGGAAGCACUGCCUCGUAGAUCGAAGCCAGGAAGCAGAUCAUUUCUUAAUUCUUGAAACUUCACCAUACUUGCUACCCCAGGAACAUCCAGAGAUUAACUCACCUGAUUGCAUAAUUAAACCCUCCAGUUGCCUCCAAAAAUGCAGUGAGAGAUCUUCAUCAUCUCACAAGAAAAUGCUCUCAAGAUUCAAGACGCGGCAAGCUGAUCCAAGUCCUGAGGUUCUGAAGCAGAUAAAGAACAUAGCUCUGCAUGAAAAGUACAUUGACCACCUGCAUUGUAGAGAUGCAAGGAGAAGAACUUUUGCUAAGACUGCAAAUUCUGAUGCUGAUUGGUGUACCAAGACCAACACUGAGCUGGAAAUUGGAGCUUUCAAAGCUGCAAGGACUUCUCUCAUCUCUGAGGCAAGAGAUCACAUCAGCCAUUUUCGACAAAUCCAGGCUAACUUGCUGGACAACCAUGAAAGUUUUGACACUGAUGAUGACAGUGAUGAUACUGAUGAUUAUGUUGAUGAUGAUGAUGAUGAAUGAAUAUAAUGGACAAGCAGCCAGGCAACUCCCAGUAAAAUUUCUUUGAUUGCCUUUGUUAACGAGAGAUGAGAUAGAUACAUUUGUCAUUAAUGGAAUAGGCCCUGGCGUUCUGUUAUACCUACUACUGUUAAAGACCUGUUCAGUGCCUCAGUAACUCUUAAAAGAUAAACGCAAGUGCUUCCAUGCUUUUCUUUCCUUUUUUUUCUUUUAUAAUAAAUUCAACCAA